AUGCCUCCAGACGCGGACACUAACCUCGCCGCCUCGUCUUCCGCCGUGCCGUCCGCGCCUAUGACGCACGAGGACGAGAUAUUUCUGGCUCAGCUACAGGCGAUGCUACAUGAGCCAUGCGGUGGCAAUGCAGCCGGCAUCAGCCUCGUCGGGACGCUUGGCGGCGAGCAACACCCUUCUUCCCCCGCCCCCGCGCCGACCGCUCCCGCAGGCGCUACAUUUGGCGCGCAAGCGGCGAACCAGCCUUCCCCUCUCAGUCACUUCCGCUCGGCUCAGGCAGCGGCGGAUAACUCGAGGCGACGGGAACAUUCCGACGGCCUCCCUCUACCUCUGCCGCUGCGCGCGGCGAAGAGUGUGAAGACGUCUCCGCAAUCUUGGCCCGGAUCGCCUGUGCGCGCUCCGCUAAACGUGCCACGUUCGGCAUUGGACAGCUCGCCCCUCAGAAGAGCCCUAACGGUGGAAAGGACGAAUUUCUCCGACCCGCGUCUCGGGGAGGCUAAGUUCGGAGGUAAUCUGUCGCGCCUCGCUUCCAUGCCAUUGGACCGCGCGAACGCGGCGGCUUCUACGGAUGCACCCGCGGCGGCGACCUCGCCCAAGCGGAGCGCGUCUGGCGACGGCAUGGGCUGCCUUUCUGAUGAGCCACAACGCUCGAGCGGAUCUGGUUCCGCUUCCGCGUCUCCCGCCCCUUCUGCUGGGGUUUCUGCUAAAAAUGCUGCCACUCCGGGUGUUUCCGGGGCAGACGGUUCCGCGGGAAGGGGCCCUUCACAGCUCUCGCGACAGCAGUCUGGGAAAGGUGGCGGAAGAUUCGGACAGCAGAUCAAGCCGAAAAGCUUGACGGAGAAGCACCGGAGGGAGAAGAUCAGCGAGGGAAUGAAUCGGCUGCGUAUGGUGGUUGAUGCGCAUGGUGACGUGGCAUCGAUGCUCAACUAUGCGGUGGAUUAUAUUCAAAACAUGCAGGCUGCUAAUAAGAGCCUGAGGUUGGAGCUUUUGAGGCGCCAGCUGUCGUGCGGUUUAUUCUCUUCCAAGGGCCUGUUCUUCCAGAUGUAA